AUGGACGUGUACCCAAAGCUUAGCUGGCCCGUCGUACAGCGCUUGGAAGUCCUAGCUAAAAUCCUAGAAUGGCUUGGCAAAGAAGAUGAGACGGAUGAAUAUCAGCAGGUGGACAAUGUGAAAGCCAUUAUAAGGGCAUACAAAGACAAAACCCUUGAUUGGAAUCCAGACCUUGUUACAUACUGGUCCAAGGGCGCACAGCUUUGCCAACCGAGGCCGUUCAAAAUGGAUGAAUUCAUGCACAUCAACGUCAAACACAAGGGUCAUACUGGAUUUUGGGUGGAAGGAUUUAAUCAUGUUCCGGAACCUGAGAUGCUCCAUGUGUCCGCCACGCCUGGUAGGCUCGGCAAGCUGAUUGAUUUUACCGUUCGAUUUCCUUCGGAAGGUGCCUGGAUGAACCAACAGGAGCUCGAGCUGGACUUUGUAGAUGAUACCGGAGCCGGCACAAUGACAAUAUACGGUGCAGAUGUGAGACUUCUCCAAGACAUGCAUGCUAAUAGCAUCAUACCCGUCUCAUUGCCACCGGUCCUUGGAGUGGUUGUCAGCGUUAUGGCGGACGCCACUCAGUCCUUCGGCCUCUCAAGGAUGCUCGAGGUCAAUAUACGGGAUCCAAAUACGAAUAACAUGUUAGUGGACCAAUGGACGGCUGUGCCGUGCAUAGUACGCGGCGAAUUGGGACGCUACUCUGCGAGACUGAGUGGCCCGUGGAUGCGACGGAGGUUGUAUACAUACACGGCCCCUGAUAAUUCUCACCGUCUAUGGAUACACCAAGGUCGCCCCUUGGUUCGUGAUAUGCCUAGGGCAACGGUGGCCCAGAGAACGAUCCCUAUGCCUUUCAAUCCAGCAAGUUACGCACCUCUGGCUGACCAUCCUCAUCUGAAUGACAUUUACCCAGAUGGUAUCCCGCCACCGCCGCCAGCAAGUCCAGCACCUUAG